AGCAAUAGUAAAAGGUUGUCCGUCAAGCGAGGGGGUUUGGAAGUCACAAUAAAAGCUAUGUAGGUCCUGGAUCCUUGUUUCUGGACUGCCUGGCUCAUCGCAAGUUGAUGCGAGUGACCGCAAAUGAUCUUUGUCUUAUCUCUUCUAUCCACUCCCAUCAUCUGUCUUUACUACGUCCCUUUCCAACAUGCCUACCUUGAGCGAAAUCACGGAAAUGGCCAGCGCACUCGUUCUGCAAGCUCCCGGCACGGACGCUCCUUUAGACGUGCUAGGGGACUGGGGACGCGAAGUCGUGCGAUUUCUGACUUGGCUCGACACCGAGGAACGCAAGGUGUUACUCACGCUCACGGCGGUCUCUCAACUCUACACAACCUUCCAAGAGCAGGUGGAUGCGCGCCUGCAUUACCCUUGGCGAUCUUGGGGUCGCCAGUGGCUUCCUCUUACUGCUGAGGCUUGGGAAGCAAAAAUGCAAGCUUUAAUGGGGAGUCCCGUGAUCAGGGACCCUCUCGCUAGCACCCAGUUGUCUUCGCUUGCUAUCAUCGCUCUCCCCGACCCUUCUAACGAGGGCAAAGGUGGUAACCGCGCUGGCGCGGGCGAUGAGAUAACUGACGAGAAGUCUACGCAUCACACUCGCACUUCUCAGGCUAAACGCCCUCGAGAGGAAGCGCUGCAAGGCGACAUAAGUUCUGAUGUCCAAACGCCUUCUUCAUUCGCGGACCGUCCUUCCAAUCGGCCCAGACUCCCACCCUCCGUAAAGAAACCACUCCGGCGCAUGCCUCCAUCCAAACCCCGCUCUUUCAACGAGCUAAUGCAAGACAACAACCUGCGAGACCCUCGCGUAGUGGUGCUUGAAUGCAAGAGAUGUGAAAAAAAACAACCAUCGGCGACGAGGCUCUGCCUCACCGUACUUCGUCUGUGUUCGCAGACUGACGAGUACGAACUAUCAAAUUCCUGCAUGCGCUGCAUUGUAGACCAUCAGAAGUGCGAGUGGCCUGCUGGUGCUAUUUCUAAGAACAUAGGACACCGUGUGCACGUCUCUGCAAAAUACUUCUCACCCACCGAGGAUCAGUCGGCAGCUCCAACGUCGCUGGGGCCGACGUUGACUCAGUCUGGUGCCUGUGCUUCACACGUAGUUAUCAAUUUGCCGCACAAGAACACGGUGAAGGUCACUUCUUCUGCUCAGCCUGCACCCGGCCCUUCCUCGGCUACUACAGCAGAGCAAGUGAAACAUACUUCCGACAUCAUCCAGCUGCCUACGCCGAAGCGUUCCAUUUCGCCUAUCUCAACUUGGAUAAUGGAACUGAUGUAACGGAAUUCGUGAACGACCUCAUGGCAUCAAGUUACCAGAAGAAUCGUGACUGCGGUCGUGUGCGAAACCCUAAUGUCCACGAGAGCAAAAUCUAUGC